AUGACGGCGGGUGUUGAAGCAGCACCUUUUCUUCUCUCCGUGGUGUUCCUCACCAUCCAUGAUGAACACGACCCACGAAGUUCCGAAGCGCAAGAAAGUCGCAGAGACUUGCUGGAGAGCAUCAAACCCUUCCUGGAAUGUCGAUCACCAGGCGAGGAGGAGUCUGGAAGAGGUGAGCCAAAGAGUGAGGAAGAGUGGUUGGAGGAUGCAUGCAGUACGUUAGCACGUUGGAGGUUCGGUGAGGGGAGGAGGAAUGAUGUGGAGAUUGAACUUGAGCUGCCACAGUACAAGAUUGAUGAGUUGCUGGCACAGCUUCAGGACCACGUGGUCAACCAUGACCAAGAUUCCAGCCUGAAGUCCGAGUUUCCCUUGGCCCAUGUGGCCACUGUUGCGGCGUUGGCGCCCGUGCGGGCGCCCGUGCGGGGCGCUUUGGGGGAUUCGACAGCCCUGAGGGUGGCAGAUGAGUGGGAUCCCUUGGCCAAGUUGGCGCAGUUCAAGGAGUUGCAGGCGCGGUAUGCGGCUGUGAAGGAGCAAAGGGAGCGAGCUGAGAGCACCAAGCGCAUCUUGCAGCAGAUGCCCACUGCAGGGGCAACUCCUCCCCCUGCCCCAGCCAUGGCAACAGGUGUCGCCGACCCGCAGAUUACGCCCCCAGAAUUUCCACCUGCAGGUGGCUUGCCUUUCCCAUUCUGUGGGGUCCCAGGUGUCCUAUCUCCGAGGACCAAAGCGCCCCCCGAGCCGGAAAGGGAUCUGACGGAUGGCGCCUAUGUCUACGAUGCCGUGCGAGAGAUUGCUCGGGAGGAAGGGCCAGAGGUCUACACACGGAUGAGUAAGGAGGAGGUCUUGCUGGCCAAGGAUGGUAUGGACAUGACGCUGAACCACUUGCGCACCACCGGAGCCCGCAUGCGAACGGAGGUCCGCGAGCUUGACCGAAAGAUGGAGGAGGCCGGGCAGAUGGCUCAAAUCCGGCAGAUGGCUUCCAACGAGCCCGAGUUGCAGGAUGAGCUGAUGGCGCAGCAGCGGCUGAUCCAUGAGCAACAGAGGUUGGCAGAUGAGGAGCGAGCCUUCUGGCUUCGAAGGGAGAAGGUCUUGCAACCGGAGGAGGUGGAUGACUUUCACCUUGAAGGUGGGCACGUGAGUUUUCACUCUCCGCGGGGGGCGGGGCGCGUUCCGUUUGUGACCGUCGGUGAAUGUUGUGACUUCCUUUCGAGUGGUGAGCCCAUCGUUUGUUGGGCUGUUGUUUGGAGGAGUUUGGGCUCAGGAUGUGGACCUUUCUUGAAGUUUCUGAAGUUUGGCCAUUGGGACGUAUUGGAAACUCUUGACUCUUGA